UUCAAUGGAUCAGUGUGGCAGGAGAGUCAGAGUAAAUGGGCUGCCAUGUUGGAUGCAGGUCUGGAGGAUAGAAGGACUUUCCUUCGGCUGGAUGCUCAGGGCUGGCCGGAGUUAAGUUUAGAAGGUGAGCUCAGGCACAACCUCCCUGCUCUCAGACAUAUCCCUGAACACAGCAGGGUGAUUUUAACAAGCAAAGUUGGUGAACAACAACAUGACACCGAGGCCCUCGUUUUACUGAAUGGGUGUGCUAUGAGAGCCAGAGGAACUGUGAUGUCACAUUCUGGGCUGCAGGGGGCACUUGAGUAUCACAGCAACUGUAGCAUGGCACAGGAGUGGGGUAGUCCAGGUAGGAUGCAGGCCUAUGGCUCCAUAUUUGUCUUCUCAACUAUUGCUGAAUCUCAAGUCUCCAUGGCGAUUGACAAUGCAGAGUUCCAUUCAUUGGUUGCUCUGAAGAAAAAUAAGGAAGAAAAUGAAAUUUCUCUUCAUUUUAACCACACUGUGCCCCUGUUGAAGAUGCUCGGUAUCACUGCAGAUGCUGGAAUUGCACUGAGUUUGGGGCAUCAUGGCAACCAAUCAUAUUAUUGCAGAAUGCAUGGCAGUGCCCAAAACCUAAAGUUAAGUCAAGAGGUGACUGUGGAGAGGACCAGUCAGGCAGUUACCGUGAAGAGUACUUUCAGACAUUCAUUGAACUACCUGCAUACAAUGGGAGUCCCUGGAAACAACAGUAUCCAGGUCGAGCUUGUUUCCUCUGAAGGAAAGGCGCUGACCAUAAAAUCACAAUUUGGACAUCAGCAAGCGGGACUGAGAGUCGAGAUGACAUCUUUUCCCAUGACUAAAGAGAUAAUGGGAAUCAUGUGGCACAGUUUCUCAUGGCUCCAGCAAAGAGGAGUGCCACGUAACAUAGAGGGUUUAUGUUCAACUCAAGGACUGUGGUCCCAGCUUCGGUCCAGGACCCAGCUCAGUGUGGAUGGGCACAAGCUCCUUGACUCUGGCAUGAAUGUGAGCAAGGCUGAUGGACACCUGGCUGUGCUUCUCUCCUACAUUCCACCACUUUCAAACGAAACAUGGGAAUAUUUCAGUCUCAACACUGCUGUGACGGCACAGUUUAAAAGUCUUCUAAGGAGCAUCUCAGUACAUGUACACAAUCAAGAUUGGAGGACUCAUUUGGCUGCAGACGUUGCGGGAUGGGGCACGCAGGAAGGGCCCAAAGAGGCCAGAGUUACUCUCAAACACACCGCAGAGGUAGACUCCAUCCCUGUGUUGCAAGUUGAAGCCUGGGGAAGACUCUCUGGCUCCCAGCUGAAGUGCUCCAUAGCGGUAAACCCAGAACUAACAUCCUCACUUGCUCUCAUCAUCCAAGGGCAGCAUCUACCCAGCAGCAAGGACCUGAUAGUGAAGGUGGUCCAGAGUUUUCCCAAGAUGUUGAUCUACUUGCCCUCACAACUCAAUGUCCGCUCGCAGCUUAACCAAUCCCAGUCCAGUGUGGGAGGUUUGCUGGAGGUGUCGUCAGGCAAGAGGCGGCUCUGGACCCUUGGGGAGUUGGCGGUGAUCGACAGUGGUUACAGACAAUCUCUGGAGGUCAAACACUCAUACCCGCAGUUGAAACUACUGCCAAGGACGGUUGCAGUAAAAACGGUGUAUGAAGGCAGGAGUUGGAGUUAUCAAGUGCAGCACGCAGCCGUGUGGGGAAACCAGGAGUUCAGUUUGUCGGGUCUGUACUCGGCACCUCCAGCACUGGAAAGAGGGAAUGAAACUCUAAAGGUUCAAAUCAAGUGCAGUCCUCGCUUGACCAGUUUAGAAGUGACACUGGAGAAGUCUUUACUGGGUCGGACGGAUAGAGUUUUACUGGGCUGGAUGAGACACGGUCAAGUGGAGCAGGUCAGAGCUCUGAGCAUAUGGAGUCGAUCCCAGGAAGUGAAUGAGACCAAGUUGGAGCUGAGUCAGUCUUUCUCAUCAUCACUUAGUCAAAUGUGCCUUCACGCGUACUCUCACAGCUCAGAGAGAGAGCAGCGCAGUAUCCAGCAGGCACACCUGUCUUGGGUCAGUGGAAUGCCGGUCAACGUCUCCUUCAGCCUGAAUAAACAAUGGCAGGUGAACUCCAGCAGAGGGCAGGCUUGUGCUCUGUUAGCCACUCAAAAGAUGGUGGCGUCUCCUGUCAAAGGUUGUGUUUCAGUCAGCCAGGAGGGAAACUUAUACUCACAAAAUGCUGAGCUAAGAUGGGACAACAGGAGCGUCAAGCAGGGCAUGAAAUAUCAGAAAAGUGCACGAGGAAUGCACAGCCUCCAUAUGAAUAUCGGCCUUGACCAAGUGUCUCCUGCACCGUGUCCCUCACGUUCACUCUUGACUAAAAUCCAAACCAACCUCAGAGAUCGCUUUGACUACACAGUUUUGCUGGGCCUUUGCACCCCACAGCCAACUCUGUCAUUGUCGGGAUGCCACAGACUGAACUCAGGAGAGGAGCUGUUUUACGCACAAUCUCGUCUGUCGGUGUCAGGGAAAGCCAACCUUUGCAGUCUCACGCUUGCACUGACCAAUUUAUCAACUGCCCAGACCUCCAACAUGACUCUCUUUACUGAGUCUAGGAUGGGGAACUGGAGCAUGGAGAUGGGAGGCAGUGCUUUAUCAUGGCCUCAGGGCUUUGGUCUUCUUGUGCAAGCCCGACUCGACCACAGAGAGGAGAUGUGGCUGAAUAACACAAUAGAGGGAAGAUGUCUCCAGACAACAACAGGUUAUAAAUACGGUUCUGGCCUGAGCGAAGAUGUCUCUCUGGCGGCUUGUUUGGGGACACGUGACAGUUUAAUGGUGGAUGUGCACAAAAGAGAAGGCGGCAGCCAUCCUGAAUCUUUAGGAAGUCUGUAUGCAGGAGCAGCCAAUCAGAAGCUGACACUGAGAGCAAGUGGCUGUCUGCAGGACCUUACUGCCGUGGAGGCACAGAUUCAAGCUUUCAGCUCUCAGAUCAGAAACAAGCUCUUGGAAAGAAUCAAAACCAUCAAGUAUAUUCUUACUGAUUUCCGACAGCAGUCCAGAGGCAGCAAGUUUCUCCAGGAUCUGAGUGCGACUUCUCUGCGUGUUACCCAGCAAGGAGAGUUCCUGAUGGGACACCAAGGCUGGAGUGUGCUGCCUGUGUGGCACAGCAGCUCUUUCCGACACGUCUUAACCACGAGCUUGCCUCGCUUUCUCAACCUGCUACAACAGGCCUCAAUGCUGGGACAGCUUGAGUUGAAGAGGCCCCUCGCCACACUUGCAGGUGUAUACCAGGAUGUGAAAGGCCAGCGGCUGCAGACUCUGUGGAGGGAAGCGGUAGUUUUGUGGACUGACCGACUACUGGAGAUCUGCCCUGCUCUGCUGCAUAGGAGUCCUCAGCUAAGACCACUAGCUCAAGCCAGCAUCUCUACAAUCAGCCACGCCGUGGAUUUAGCUGGCCAAUACACGUACCACUGGGCAGAAAGCAGGUUGGCAGUGGCGCUGUCUGGAGUCAGGAAGCAGCUGGCCUCAGUCUACAAAUUAUCCCCCAGCGAGUGUUCAGUUGAAGUGUCUGUGCCGCUGCCCACCCUCCACUGGACACGUGUGCCUCGGGUCGGUCUGGUGGGGAUCCUUUUAGAAGAGUUCCUGCUGCGGCCCUUGCAAAGCCUCACCUCUGUCAGACCCACGGCUGAACUUUAUCGCCUCAAAAGGAAAAUCAUGGAUAGUCCCUUUCUUCACCAAGCUCUGCUGGUGGCGGAUCAGUUUGUGGUGACAUUUGAUGGCCAUCUUUAUGAACUACCAAGCUCGUGCCCACGUCUCCUGGCCCAAGAUGUCAGUGCUGACCCCUCAUUUACGCUUCUGCUCAAUCCACACCCACACUACCUCCUCUUGCUCGGCAUAAACAACAGCACCGUCAGCAUCCAGCGUAAUGGACAGGUGACGGUUGAUUGCAACAACACAGUGGCACACACAUGGCACGGUGAUGGUGGUGUCACCGUCCGAAGGGCAUCACGCAUUGUGGAGGUGUCCAAUCACAAUGGAGUGUCGGUUUCAUGUGACCUGAGACAUGAAGUGUGUAGCUUGACUCUUGAUGGAUGGUUUCAUGGCCUGUCAACUGGCUUGCUGGGGACCAAUGACAACGAAGCAGGAAACGACUCACCUUUGCCUGAAGGUUCUCAAACUGGAAACAUGGAGGAGUUUUUCUACAGCUGGCAAAUAAGCUCAGAGUGUGCAACGUCUACAGCCAAAGCAGAAGACGCUUCCCAGGCAGCCACGAGGGAAGUGACAUGUGACUUUUUGUUCUCUUCUGCGGAUUCUCCUCUGAGCUCCUGUUUCAGGGUUGUGGACCCCGGUCAAUUCUCUUUGGUUUGCGAGUCAAGCUCCUCCGCAGCCCCCUGCCGAUUAGCAGCUGCCUUUGUUCAUCUAUGCCAACGCAACUACAUCCCAUUGGAGGUCCCUGUCCAGUGCUGUAAGUUCUCCAUGUGCAUGAUGGGAAUCAUACUUGGUCCGAACCUCUGUCAUCAAUAGAAAACAGAUGUUUCAUAGUUUGUCUUGUUUUUUUUGUUUGUUGGUAAAAGACUGAAGAUGGGUGACUUUAUGAGAAGAACCAUGACAGAGGAGCUUCUCCGACGUAAGACAUCACUUACAUUUUUUCACUGUUAAUCACAAGAAUUAUUAGUUACAAUCAAGAUGAUCUGUCACUGACUUUAGUGUGCAUUGAUUAAAUUCAAACUGUUGUCACGCCAUUUUGUUUGCCACCUAAUUGGUUCCUUGAAAAAUGGCGAUAUAAUUGUGUAUUUUAGACUUGUGUCGCUGCGUGACGCACGCUGUGAUCCAGACAAUGUUGCCAAUGUCCUGCUCCUUCAGUUUGACGUAUAAAUAAAA